CAGAAGGCUGCCUCACCUUGCAGAGCUCCUGUUUCCUGCACACCUGGCCGGCUCCUCCUCCUCCUCCCUGCCGGGGGACAGCGCGCACAGCCCAGCGGAGGUUCCGACACCGGCGCGGCGUCCAGAACCAGGAGCCAGACUUCAGCCAAAUACAGAACACCGCCAACAGUCUCAGAGGGGUUUAAUGGGAUGCCCGCCAGCUGAUACCCUCCGUGUGUCAAGACGAACUUUCUGUGGCUUUUCCGUUUCCCGUAGGUGACAUGAUGGAGGUGGCAGGCCGCUGGACGGAGGUUUUCGAGGGCUCGGAGAGACAGGAGACGUCUGGAGGAGAGGAGCCGUUGCUAGGGAGCUCGACUCUCAAACUGGUCCCACGAGCGGCCGACUCCCCUUCCAUACGCCGCUCCCAGCCCAUCCUCAUCACCGCAAACAGGACAAAAGGUGUGGAGGCAAAAUCCUCCUCCGUCCCCUCCAUACCCAAUCCAUUCCCAGAGCUGUGCAGCCCGUCGCAGUCUCCGGUUCUCAUUGGUUCACUCCCACCGCCAUCAAGUGACAAACACCUGAUGAAGGUGUAUGGAGAGGACAGUCACAGCAGGUCCAUGUGGGUUUCAGCAGGAGCCACAGCCAGGGAGGUGUGCCACAUGCUGGUCCAGACGGCACACUGCAGCGACCAGGAAAACUGGGCUCUUAUCGAGCUGCAUCCCACGCUGGGCCUGGAACGAUGUCUGGAGGACCACGAGGUUGUGCUGGAGGUUCAGGCAACCUGGUCCGUGAAGGGAGACACCAAGCUGCUGUUCCGCAAAAACUACGCCAAGUAUGAGUUCUUCAGAAAACCAGUGCUCUUCUUCCCAGAGUGCAUGAUCUCCGACAGCGCUGAUGUCAGCAAGGGGAUGACAUCAUCAGAGCUCAUUCAGCAGAACCUGCUCAGGUCCGGGACGUGUCCAGAGAUCCAGAGCUUCCUGCACGUGAGGGAGCCCAACCGCAAGGCCUGGAAGAGGGUCUACUUUUUCCUCCGACGCUCCGGCCUCUACUGCUCUACCAAGGGCUCCUCCAAGGAGCCUCGCCACCUGCAGUAUGUGGCUGAUCUGGACGAGCUGAAUGUGUACACCGUGGCCAACAGCCGUAAGCUGUACGGGGCCCCUGCCGACUUCACCUUCUGUAUCAAGCCUUGCAGAAGCCACGACCGUGCUCAUGACCUGAAGCUCCUGUGUGCUGAGAACGAACAGACACGAACUUGUUGGACAUCGGCGUUCAGGCUGUUCAAGUAUGGGAAGCAGCUUCAAUGUAACUACCAGUUAUCCAAGUUGGCCCCGCAGUGCCUGGAGGCAACCAAGCACACAGAUGGCAAACCCGAGUCAGAGGCUAGCCUGGUGGCCAUGGACUUCUCCGGGAAGUCUGGAGGGCGGGUCAUCCAGAACCCAUGGGAGGCCCAGAGCGCUGAGAAAGAGGAGGGACUAGCCUGGAGGAGGAGAGAAGCCCUGAGGUGCAGUCUACCCAACCUGAGCUCUGGAGCACGACCCUCCUCCAUCCACAAGAGCCAGCUGUGGUUUCAUGGUGGUGUGUCUAGAAAGCAAGCGCAGAGACUGAUAGAGGAACAGGGGCUGGUCGACGGGAUGUUCCUCAUUCGUGAGAGCCAGCAGCAUGCGCAGUGCUUUGUCCUCUCAUUGUGUUAUAAGCUGAAGACCAAACAUUACCUGGUAAUCCCUUGUGAGGAGGGAGGCAGGAAGUACUUCACCAUGGAUGAUGGCUUGACUCUUUUCAUCGACCUUCUGCAACUGGUGGAGUUCCACCAAAUCAACAAGGGCAUCCUGCCAGUCUGCCUCAAACACCCUUGCAUUUGUGUAGCACUCUAACACUAAGUCCAUAGUCCUUCCUCAUAACCCCCGUCCUAACCUAGGGAACUCCAUAUGACCUUAGAUAAUAUUCCAGGGUUGCUCCGUAUGACCUGAGAUCUUAGACUAGGAUUAUUUGAUACUUCACACUUCAGAUAAACCCCUCUGAUCUUUGCCUUAUAGCUCCUUGGUCCCUUUAUAUCAUCUCUACUCUUGACCCAAGAUCACUGUAUAAGACCUUUGCUCUUACUAUAGUUUGAGAUAAGCCUGAAUGGGCUGCUUGUCUGGCUGUAUACACCACGGUAUGAUGGCUUUUUGUAAUUCUGACCUGUAUGGACCCCAGUCGCAGUGCCCACAUGUUUUAAGGGUUAGAGUUAGACUCAGAUGCACCCAGUUGCAUGGACUGAGCAUAGCCAUAGAUUCAGAUGUUCUCUGAGAUGCUAAUUCGGAAAAUGUUUUUCGUUCAGUAGUUUUAGUUUAAUAGAGUAGUGCUCACUUAUGUUCAUGCAACAUUCUCAUAAUCACCUUAUUUGUAACCCACCGGCAUCACAGUACCACAGACUCUCAUCACACAGCUGUGUUCUCCACCUGCCCAGGUACCAGGACAAUUUAAAGGUGUAAUUGAUGUGGUAAUGAUGUCAACUGUUUGGGGUUUCAGUUGCUUACAGUGUGAGAGAGGGUCCUGUGGCAACCCUGAGCCAGGACCAGACAUGAGCAUAUUGUCUGCAUCAUGAAGCCUUUUUGCCAGUAGCUUUUUAAUUGCAUUAGACUGCAGUACAAUGUCAGACAUCACUUGUUUUUGUAUUUUAAUUAAUAAUUUGCAUUCCCCUCAGAGACAGCUUAAUUAGCCUUUUUGGGCAGUUUUUUUUUUUUGGGACUUAGAGGAUCUUUGGAAAGAGCAUUUCUAAGAUGCUGUUUCUGUUAAUAGCAUAUAACCAAUAACAGCAUCAGGAUUUACACCGUGAUAUGGGAAUCAGCACAAGAGCUGUGGCAAGUUUGAACUGAUUGUGGCUUCACUACAUUCCAGUGAGGGCCUUAAGAAUCGUGGCCACCAGAGGGUGCUCUACAGUCACCAUAUAGUUCAGUCAAAGCCAACAAUAGCUGAUUACGUUCUCUUCUCUCUACACUGCUGCGGUAAAGGAAAUCUCACACAUCCUCUUGGUCAAACGUAGACACAGUAAAAUCAAUGAGUCAUUUAGUUAGUGUACCUAGUGUACCUUGAAGAACUCAGAGAGGCAUGUUUUUUUUUUGUUUUUUUUUCCCAUCAGUGUCAUGUAUGAAAGGACUACAUGUAUGGUAAUAUUUCAGGAUUUUUUUUUUUUUUUUAAAUGUAAUAACAUUGUGAUAAAUCCAGCAGCUGCAACAGUUUAUGAUAAAUCUGUCUAGCUGUUGCAGCCUCAUGAAAGCGACCCAGGUUGCAAUAAUGUAGCAUGUAAAAAGUUUUUGAUUUUAUAUUGUGUGUAUUCAAUCCCUAUUUGUGCCUUAGAAACAAUACCACAAUGUAGUUUAAUUAUAGCAAUCGUAAAUAACAAUACAUAACAUCCUUCAGCACUCUUUCACUGCUAUAUUUGCACAAUGAUGGUGAUGGGAAGCUAUAUUUUCUCAUGUGAUAAGAGCUUACAGUUGCAACAUUUGGUGUUGAAACAACCAUAUGGCUGACGUGCACCAACUCUUGGGGUGUGUAUGAAAAUACAUAUUGCCAUAGCAUCUUUUGUUGGAGCAUCUGCUCCUUAACUUGAAUACGUUGCACUUGCUGUUAGCUGUUUUUUAUAAUAAAGACCCAGUGCUAAAAUGUCAGCAUAUACAUUGUCAUGCAUGUGCUCAAUAAAUGUACAAGGCCUGUUUAAUUCUUUCCACA